UGCGGUUUCCUGUAGUGGAGUUUGAAUUUUGUAACGAGACAACCCAAACAGGGUACGUGAUAAAGGAGCAUCGCGCCCAAAAUCAUAAACAAUGAGCUGGGCGGUGGAGGAGUGGAAGGAUGGGCUUCCAGCGAAAGCCCUGCAGAAGAUCCAGGAGAUGGAAGUCCAGCUGGACAAACUGAAGAAGGAAAGGACUCAGAAACAGUUUCAGCUCGACUCCUUAGAGGCUGCCCUCCAAAAGCAGAAACAAAAGGCGGACAGUGAACGUACUGAGACCUCUGCUUUGAAAAGAGAGAAGCAGUCUUUAGUCGAGUCAUGUGACCUUUUGGAGAAAGCUCGUCAAAAGAUCAGCCAUGACCUUGGAGUCAAAGAGCAGCAGGUGAGCUACCUGGAGGGUCAGCUUAACUCCUGCAGGAAGACCAUAGAACGACUGGAGCAAGAGCUGAAGAAGUACAAAAAUGAACUGGAACGUUCCCAGCCUACUGGCUCUUCCUCAUCCUCCUCCUCCUCGGAUCUUCAGCCCUACACUACUCCACAGAAAACUUUCUCUACCCCAGCUCCUGUCCAGGCCUACAGACAGCAGGAUAACAGACUGGAGGAGCUUCAGGAGAAAUACAGCCAGGAGGUAGAAGAAAGAAAACGCCUGGAGACUGAACUCAAAGUCCUGCAGGUCAAACUACUGAACCAGUCUUCAGUCAGUGUAAGCCACAAGGACAUUGCUGCCCGCCAAGCUGGAUCAUCCAUAUUCCCAUGGCAGCAGCAGGAUCAGCCCCAUAGCCGCCAGUCACAGGAUGCAAUGGAAACGCCCCUGAAGAGGCGGGGUACAUCCCUGUGGGACGCCCACGAGGAGACACCCAUUAAACCCAGCCAGAGGAUGAGCUCUUCACGAGCAAUGCAGAGUCCCUGUGGAUCCUCCCAACAGAUGGAGCAGCUAAAGACCAUCAACCAAGAGCUGCGAAGCCGAGUGUCAGAGUUGGAGAGAAAUCUGUCCACUCAUGAGAAGGAAAUUCGUAGCCAGGCCUCCAAGCUGCAAGAACUACAAACCCAACUGAACCAGGCCCGCAAAGAGCUGACUGAACGGGACAGAGACCUGUCCAAGACCAGACACGAGCUGAGUCAGGCCACAGACAGACACCAGCAGGUUGAAGCCAAGUGUUCAUCAGUUGAGCAGAAGCUCAAACAAGUCACAGAGGAGAUGAGUUGUCAGAGGCACAAUGCUGAGAGCUGCAGACGAGCCCUAGAGCAGAAACUCAAGGACCAAGAGAGAGCCAGUCAAAAGGAGCUCGGCCAGCUGCAGAGUUCUCACCAGGCUGUGGAACAACAGUUGAACCAGACCCGGACUAAGCUAACGCAAGAGAUCCAACAAUCCAAGAAAGACUACAGCAUCCUGCAGGCUGACAUGGAGAAGACAUGCUUCCAGAAGAGUCAGAUGGAAAAGGAGGUGGAGGAGCAGAAACAGAAACUGCUGAGAUCAGAGCAGAGCUUCCAGGCCAGCCAGACCAAAGAACAGGACUUCCGCAAGAAAAUGGAGGAGCUGCAGAAAGAGAAGAACAGUAUGACCGUUCAGUUGGACCAGAGCAACAGACGCCUGAGUCAGCUGGAGGAAGAGAAGAAGAGCAUGGAUCAGAGCCUCAAACGCACCCAGGGAUUACUAGAUGACCUGAAAGCGAAAUCUGAGGGGCAGACAGAGGAUCUAAAGAGACUUCAGUCUAAACUGGAGCAGCAUACUCAGGCUUCAGCCCAAGACCUGGAGAACAUGAAGAAGACGCUUUCUGAUGCAGAGACCAAAAAUGACAGAGCUCAGAAUGAACUGAAACAACAGAAGCAAGAGGCAGAGAAGCUGACAAACAAGCUGACAGUCCUGGAGGAGGAAAGCCAAGAGCUGAAAUCCAGUCUCACUGUGAGUCAGAACGAGUGUAACAAAGUGAAACAAGAACAUCAGGCUCUGCUGGACUGGAAGAGAGAAAAGGAGACCUUGAUUAAUGAAACUGAGACUGUGCAAAAAGACCUCACUGACAAAAUUGGCAACUUGGAAAACAGUCUCACCUCGCUGAAUGAGGCUACUGAUGAACUUAAGGGGCAGCUUGUGAGUUUAGAGGGAGAAAAGGCUGGCCUGUCUGCUCAGAUCGAUUCCUUGAAAGGAGAACUCCUCAACAAGUGCACAGAGUUGGAGGAGAGGGAGCAUCAGUACAAGGAGCUUCAAUCCAAGUUCUCAGAGGCUGAACAGAAACACACCAAAGACCUGCAAAAUGUUGCUCUACAAGUGACUCAACUUGAAGCACAGGUAAAAGAUCUGGAGUUGCGGUUGCAAAAGGAGUCAACUCGAGCAGAGCAGGCUGAGAGGACCAACAUGGAGCUGCAGGACGAGCACCAAGCAGCCUGCGACCUGGCUCGCUCCAAAGACCAGCUGGUAGAGUUGGGCCAAGCCGAGAUCAGCCAGCUAAGAGAGAGCCUUGCCCAGACCACUGCACAGCAGGAGGUGCAAAGUGCCAGAUUAGCAGAGGAGAAGGCAGCCCUGCUGAAGCAGUGUGAGGAGAGUGUUUCAGUGAAAGCUGAAGAAACUGAGCAGCUCAAGUUGCAGUUGGAGGAGGCUCACCAAGAGCUGCUGCUCACUAAAAACCAGGUCAGUUCCGUGGAUCAGUGCCUGAAGGUCCAGGAACAACUGGGAGCUGAACUGCAGAAACAGAUUAAAACACUGCUGGACAAUGAAGGGGAAUACAAAAAAGUGAAUGAUAAAAAAUCAGAAGAGAUUAAACAGUUAGAGGAGGAACUGAAUGAUCUACAGAGACAUGCAGAAGAGAAACAGAAGCAGCUCAUAGAUGCUGAAGCUCAGAUUUUGUCUCUGGAGAAGCAAAAGGCUGAGCUGGAAGAUGCAGCUCAGGAGAUGAAGAAACAGGCUGAGACCCUCCAGCAGGCUCAGACUGAGAAGAUCAGCAGCCUUCUGGAAGAGAUAUCCUCCUUAGAAGAAGAGUUAACUGCAAGCAAAGGUACAGUGGAGAAGUUUCUGGUCUUGAAGAAUGAACUGGACAUGGUCAACCAAUCCCAUGCUCACCUUAAGAAGUCUAUGGAAGCUCUUGAGAAGAGUCACUCCUCUGCUAUUGAAAUCAAGUCCAACUUGGAGAAUACCCUGACCGAGAAAAUCAAUAUGAUCCAUACUUUGGAGGACGAAGUCAAAGACCUCACAGAGAAGAUGAACAAAGCAUCAGAGAGUCACGUUUUGGAGAUUGAAAGUAUCCUUAAAAAAGAGAAGCACCUUCGAGCACAAUUUGAAGCCGCUAAACAAUCAGUAGCUGCAGCCAAAGCUGAAGCGAGUUCUCGAAGGGAGGAGAUCAAGACCAUGAAAACGACUCUGUCUGCUGCUUCACGUGGUUUAGAAGACCGAGACAACACGAUAAAGAGUCUGAAGGAGAAGCUGAAUAAAGCUGAGGCAGAGCAGGCCAAAACAUCAGAUCUCCUGAAGGAGAAGACAGUUGCCAUGAACAAAAUCAAGGUGCAGCUGGAGAUGCUGCAAAUGGACCUGGAGGACAACGAGACGGCUAUGAACUCUUUUGACAGCCAAAUGGAGGAGCAGAAGGGAACCAUAGAGUUACUGGAGGCUCAGCUAGCUCAGACCCAAACCCAGAUGUGUGACAUGGAGGCCAGGCUAGAGGAAAGUCAAGCCCAAGUUUCUGUCUUGGAAACCCGGUUAGAAGAGGUCCAAUGUCAGAACUCCGUACUGGAGACGCAGUAUGUCACAGCUAGGGAGGAGCUGAUGGAGAGGAGCUGUGAAAUAACUCGCCUGGAAGAAGGUGCUGGCAAACGAAACCAGCUGGAGGAGAUUGUUGCUACGUUAGAGUUGAAAAUCAGUCAGAUCACAGAGGAAAAUGUCAAGUUAGAGACAAGUCUCAGGCAGAUAAUUGAGGACAAAGACAUUAAUCUCAGCCAGCUGCUCGAAGAGAAAAACAGCCUUGAGACUGCUUUGAAGCAGUUAUCAGAUGACAAAGAGCAAGUUGAAAGUGAGAUUGUUCAAGUAAAUGCACACAGGAAAGAGUUGGAAGCCAGUCUAGGAGAGCUAGCUGAAGAGAACAAACAGCUGCAGACCAAUAUUAAGCAGUUAAUUGAAGAAAAGCAGAAGACUGAUCAAAUGGCUGCAGAGAAACACGAAGCUGAAUCGACCCUUAGACAGCUCACUGAGGAGAGAGCACAGCUAGAAGUUACCCUUGAUCUGAUAAACCAGGACAAAACCCAACUUGAGGCGAAAGUCAACGAGCUAACCUCUGAGAAAAAUAACUCAGUCGCCAACUUGAGUCAAGUCGUUGAGGAAAAACUCCAGCUGGAAGUUCGCUAUAAUCAGGUGGCAGAAGAAAACAUUAAACUGCAAUCUAGUGUGAGCCAAGCAACUGAGGAGAAGCUGCUGUUAGAGGAUGAGGUGGCUUCACUUAAAGUGGAAAACGAAUGCAUCCAGCGCUCCCUCCUGUCCUCAGAGCAGGAGCUCCAGAGGCUGAAGGAGCAGCUUGAGAUGAGAAACAAGAAGACUGAAGAGGAGAACAGAGAGAGGAGCCAACAGUUUGAGGUGGAGCAGGCGGUGCUGCAUCAGACGUUGGCGGGCUUACAGAAGGAGCUUGCCGUGUUGAAGCAGCACUAUGAUUCUCUGCUGGAGCAGGUGGGCCACCAACACAGCAACAUACAGCAUCUCUCAGAACAGCAGGGGGCCCAGAACUCAGGAGAAAACUACAUGGAGUCUGAGGAGACAGCAACUGAUGUUUCCUCAGCAGAACAGACUGAUGCAGAACCGACAUGCGAUACAGUUGCUGAGACCCUUCCAGCACAGGGAGAGCUGAGCCUUCAGGGGUCUGAGCUUGGUGAACUUUCCCACCAGUCUAACGCUCUUAGUGAGGCAGACAUCCUGGGGCAGGAGAUGAUCCAGAAACAACUGGACGAAGAGGGGAAGGCAUGUGUGGCUGACACUGAGGAAAUGAGGAGCAACGACGAGCAGCAGCAUAAGCUUCCUGCAGACAGCAGUAGUCCCACAAAAAUUGAAAGUAAUCCUGAAUUUUGUGAGCAAUCUUCUUCUCUUGCUGAGAGCAGACAGUUCGAAUUAUCUGAUGACCUUGACAACUACAAGGACAUGAUCACGAAACAGGAAAAUGAACUCCAGACCCUCCGUGCAGAGUUCAACCUACUGAAGUCUGACCUUGCACUGAGAGUAGAGUUGGCCUCAGACCUGGAAAUCCAAGUUCAAAACUUGGAGAAAAAAGUUCAUGCAGCAGAGGAUGAGGCACAGGGUGCGGCGCAUAAGCUGAACAUCGCCUUGGAGGACAACAAAGGCCUUGCAGACCAGUUGGCUCAGCUGUCAGAGGAGAGGGAGACAUUAACACUGCAGCUGCAAACAUCUAAAUGCCAGUUGGCUGAUGUUAUGGAGAUGCUAGAAGAACUGGAGAUGGCCAAAGGUGGAUGGGACGAGAAAUUCCUUCAGCAGGAGAGUGAGCUGAAGAGGGUUCGCUCCGAGAAAGCCAACCUGGAGCAGCACAUUUUGGGCAUGGAGUCUGAGCUGGAGACCUUGCAGGAGGAGAGGACCGAAUUGAAGGAUGAGAUGGAGGCUCAGAGGAAGACUUGCUCCAGCAUGGAGCAGCAGAUAGAAGCACUCGCAACAGAGACGACCCAGCUCAGAUCUGAACUUGUGUCCUGCACUGAGGAGCGAGAAGACCUGAACCAGUCUUUGGGCCAUUGGAGAGAGAAAGUUCACAGUCUGGAGAAAACUAACUGUGACACCAGAAGUCUACUUUCCAUCUUGGAGGAUGACAUCAGAGCAGGAAGGAAAGAGUAUGAAGCUCUGCAAAACAGCAUGGAGAAGCUGAAGACAGAGAGGCAACAGCUGUUGGAGCAGAUCAAGGCACUGGAGCAGGCAAUAUCUCAACAGAGUGGAGAAAGAGAGGAGCUUAUUGUGCAGCUAGACAAGAUCACAGAACACCAUACCUCAGCCAAUCAGAACACUGAGACCAUGGUUGGCAAGAUACAGGCAUUAGAGGGAGAAGUGUGCCGUCUCUCUCAGUCUCUCGAGGCCUCUCUGCUGGAAAAAGGAGAAAUUGCCUCUCGCCUGAACUCCACACAAGACGAGGUCCAGCAGAUGAGGACUGGUAUUGAAAAACUCCAGGUCCGCAUCGAGUCGGACGAGAGGAAGAAAAAGAAGAUGGGAGAGCUGCUCAAAGCUGCCCAGAGAAAGUAUGACUCACUACAAGAUCGCAUUGAUGCCCUGCAGCGAGAGCGGGAAGAUGUAGAGCAAAGUCUAGAAGACGCUGUGCUACAGGCUGAAACAGCCAAAGCUGAGCUGGAGGAAGAAAGGAGAAAGGUGGAGGAGGAGAAGAGAGAACUCGGUGAUAAACUAUCAGAGCUCUCUGCCACGCUGGACUACCUGAGAUCUGAGAAACAACGCAUGGAGAGAGAGCUAGAAACAAAAAACGGAGAAAUAGAAGAACUGAAGGCCACCAAGGAGAAGCUGGAGAGAGGGUUGGAGAGGGCAGAGGUGGAUAGAAGAGAGGAAGAGGAAAGACAGAGAAACAGGGUGGAAGAGCUGGAGAAAGGAAUGAGAGAGGAAGCAGAGAGGCAAACGAGACAAGUGGAUGAACUCCAGGCACAGCUGGAAGCCUCUCGGCAGAGAGUGCUUUCCCUUGAACAAAAGAGUGCAGAAACUGAAGGAGACAAAGAGAAGAUGCAGUCUCUGCUCGUAGAGAUGGAGAAAGAGAAAACAUGUCUGCUGUCUUCUCUAGAGGAGUCGCAGACAAAAGGAGACAAGCUUUGCUCUCAGGCAGAGGAGUGGGAGAAAGAGAGAAGCAACCUGAGGACCCAUAUUGAAGCUUUGGAAGAAGAACUUAAAGAGCUUAAAACACACAUAGAAGCAAAAGAGGAAGAGAGAGAGAGAAAACAGACAGAAGCAAAUAGACACCUGACAGAGGAGAAGGAGAAACUACACACGAUCCUGUUCUCAGUGGAACAGGAGAGAGACAACCUACACUGCACUCUUGCAUCUGUAGAAGGAGAGAAAGAAAGACUAGAGCAAGAAAGGGAGGUGUUGGUUGACGAGAAAGAGAAGCUUCAGUUUAGCCUCUCCUUGAUAGAAAAGGAGAAACAUGACAUGCAACAAACUCUCUCUUCAUUAAAGCAAGAGAAGGAAAGAAUAGAGGAGGAAAAACAGAAGGCAGCAAUUGAAAAAGAAGAAUUGCUGUCUUCCCUGUCUUUGAUUGAAGUGGAGAAAAGUAACUUGUCUUCAGCUCUUUCUUCACUGGACCAACAGAAGCAAAGAGCAGAGGAGGAGAAACAGAAACUCUCAGAAGAACAAGAGAGACUCCAGUCUGCAAUUGUCUCUAUGGAGAAAGAAUUGGACACAAACAAACUGUCUGUCACAAAGCUCAAUGAGCAGGUGUCAGAGCUGACCGCUCAUGUCACUCGUCUGUCUAAGGAGAGGGACUCUGCCCUGAGCAAGAUGAGUCUUUGGAUGAAGACCUGCAAACAGCUGGAGCAGGAGAAACAAGCAAUGUCAAACAGCACAGGGGAGAGAAAGAGCAGUGAGGAGGCAGAGACUGAGGUGAACCAGAUGAAGGUGGAGGCAGAGGAGAGACAGAAGGAAGUGGAAGACCUGAAGAUUGCCCUGCAUCAGAAGAUGGCGGAGGCUGAGGAAAACACGAAGGGUGUGGAAAAACUUCAGGCUGCCCUCGAUGUAAGGAAGAAGGAGUUAGAUGAGAGAAACAGGGAGCUGGAGGAGAUGAAGAGUGAGUUGGAUGAACUAAACAAACUUCUGGAUGAGAAAAGCAAGGAGGCAGAUGAGAGCAUGGAUAAAUACUGCAGCCUGAUGGUUAAUGUCCACAAACUGGAAGAGGCCAACGAUGCACUGACAACCCGACUGGAGCAGCUCGCUAACAGCCAACGUGCUAACGAAGCUAACGUCCUCUCCAGCAGCAGUGAUUGUACUCACCCCCGGCGCUCGGCAAGGAAGUCUUCCUCCAGACAUCAGCAAGAUAAAGUGGAUGACAACACCGAGAACAUGGCUCCUUCAACACCUCUGAGGUCUCCUCAGGGGUCAUCUACAGGGAAACGGGGUCACCGUGACAUCAGUGAUAAAGACAGCGCCCAGGAGGCCCUGCACAACCUGACAAAGAAGAUCAAAGCCAACACAGUGACUACACCCAAACCAAGAAGUGAACAGGAAGAUGAGGAUUUCAAACCAGAAGGACUUCCUGAGCUGGUGCAGAAAGGGUUUGCUGAUAUUCCUCUGGGGGAGUCCAGUCCAUUCAUCAUGAGGAGAACCACAGUGAAGCGCUGCAGUCCCCGGCUGGCUGCCAGACAGACCGGCCACACAUCUGCACCUGACGGCAAGGUUCUGGGGCCCAUACUUGUCCAGAGUCCCUCCACAGACAGCUCCAGCAGUAAGUGUGUCACCCCGGGUGGCGAGGACAAACCCACGCGUCGUUCACAGAGUUUAUCGAAGACUCCAGAGCACAAAGAGAAGCAGCUUUUGAGAGAACAAGCACAGCAAGAAGACAACUGUCGCCUUCAGUAGAUGUACACACACAGAUACACUCAUCGAUACACAAAAUGUUAUCAUCCCACGUUUACCUUUAGAGACACAUUUUAUUUUAGAGUAACAUCCAUCCUCAAAGGGUCCAACACUUUAGAUGCACCUUUCCUUUUUUUUCAGGUGUGUACUAUUCACAUGCUGAUUUUCCUUGGAGCACUACUUUUUCAACUUUUAAUCAAACUCUGCAUCUUUGAGAUGUCAGAUAUGUACAUUUCCUACAUGUUUUAGAACAAGUGAAAGCAGCAUUGUUUUGUUCCUCUGUCUUCAUCUUUUCACUUUCUAACAGUUUCUUUAUGUCUUUGUCACUGGCUCUGUCGUUGUACUUCAUUUUCUUUUGCAAUGAUCUGAUGUCCUCGGUGUGAGAACUUUGUACAUAGUAGAUAAGAUACACAGUAAUGAUAGCUAUGCUUCUGUCUGUGAGGCCUGUAACAUGUCACCUGAUUGCUAAUGGCAGCUAAGAUUUUAGAGAUUUUUCCUCUGACUGUUUCUUAUUCUCUGAAUAUUUUAUAGUUGAAUUCAAAAAAACACAUUUGAUUAUUUUUUUUUUUAUUUUUUUUAUACUGAUGUUUGCUACUAAUGCUGAAAGCAUGUCUGUAUGUUUGUUUCUGGUUUUUAUUUAGGUGUAGAUCAGUGUUGUUGUCCACUGUAAACAGUUCUGAUGCCAAAUAGUUCAAAAUUGCUUUUUUUAUACUAAACCUUUUUAACUGCCUCAGAAGUUGUGUAGAGUCUUUAUCACGCACAUGAUUAUUUUUAUUUGAUUAUAACCUCAGAAAGGUUC